AUGGCCAACGUACAAGAGAACCGCGUGGCAGAGUAUGAGAAGUUAGAGAAGGAGAUCGCACGUGGGGUUGCGCUAAGGAAAGAAGUGGAAGAUUUGAGUGGGACUCUGAAGAACUUGAACGAGACAGCUGGUCGAAAUGCGUUUGAAUUGGAUGGCAAGAACAUUGCCGGUGAGGAUCUAAGUAAGGCGAGCUCAGAGCCCUCGUCUACCGGUAGUAGCGCGCCAAGUGCAGGCGGUGCGACUUCUACUGAGGCGGAGAAACCUGCUGCCACCCAACACAGUGGCCAGAAGAAGGAGAAGAAAGCUAAGGCACCUAAGGCCGAUAAGGCUCCGGCCGCCGGUGACAAGCCUCUAGACAUCUCUCGGUUAAAAAUGGUGGUUGGCAAGAUCGUUGAAGUGGAGAAGCAUCCCGAAGCUGAUGGCCUGUACUUGGAACAGAUUGAUGUCGGAGAAGAGAAACCUCGCACUAUCAUCAGUGGGCUGGUCAAGUGCUACACACUAGAGGACAUGAAGGGCAGAGAUGUGGUUGUGUUGCUGAACUUGAAACCCGCAAAUUGGCUCUUCCUACCUGUAUCUCAUCGCGUGGACAGGAUGCGUGGUAUUCUUUCUUGCGGCAUGGUCAUGUGUGGUGUCGACGCGACCAACGCUGACGCUCCCAUCACUGAGACGGUCACCCCCCCAACCGGGUCCAAGCCUGGAGACCUGAUCACAUUCGAAGGCUUCACAGGCGAGGCUGAUGAGCAGCUCAACCCAAAGAAGAAGGUGUUCGAGCAGAUUCAACCUGGAUUCAAGAUCAAUAAUAAAGGAGAGGCCACAUGGAACGAUGUAGUGUUCAGCACCGCUGGCGGUGUGUGCACAGUGCCGAGAUGUGCGCCGGGGUCGACCAUUAGAUAA